GACGAGGAGUGGCGGCGGCGGAGGCGCAGGAGGAGGGAGGAGGAGGGAGAGGGAGGAGGAGGAACCACCACCACCACCCUCUGAAGGGGUGUGUGGGAGGGUCGGGAACGGGACGGCGGCGCGCGCACGGGCGGGAGCGAGCGCGAGACGCCCGUCCGUCCGUCCGUCCCGACGCUAAACAACACCCACCCCCUGUCCCCGUCCAUCCCCGUCCCCUCAUGGGAAUGUGAGGAGAGGGGGUUGACGCCCCCCCCCCCCUCAACCCUCGCCUCCGCCCCUGCCGCCGCCGCCGCCUGAGUCGCGAGCGAGCGAGCGCCCCCCUCGGCCCAGACCCGCCUUCCCACCGGCGGCGGCGCCCAGGUGCGGAGUCCAGAGCCAGCGCGCAGCAAUGGCGUCCAACGCGGCCGAGAGGGAGAUUUUCCUCACAGACCUACAGCAGGGAGAUGUGCGAAAUAUUCUUGUCUCUGAGAGCGUGAGCAUUGGACAAAAAGUGGACUAUUCGGACACGAUGGUACAGCAGAAGUUGGAUGAAGUAAAGGACCAAAUAAAGCGGGAAAUAAGGAAGGAACUUAAAAUCAAAGAAGGAGCAGAAAACCUCAGGAAGGUCACUACAGAUAAAAAAAACCUGGCUUAUGUAGACAAUAUUUUGAAAAAAUCAAACAAGAAACUAGAAGAAUUGCAUCAUAAAUUACAGGAAUUAAAUGCUCAUAUUGUUGUAACAGAACCUGAAGAUGUUACAGAUUGCCCCAGAACUCCAGAUACACCGAACAGUGACCCUCGUUUUCCAACUAACAACAGGCUGAUGGCCUUAAAAAAACAGUUGGAUAUAGAAUUGAAAGUAAAACAAGGUGCAGAGAAUAUGAUCCACAUGUAUUCAAAUGGUUCAUCAAAGGAUAGAAAGCUUCUUGCGACAGCUCAACAGAUGCUUCAGGACAGCAAGACAAAAAUUGAAGUUAUAAGGAUGCAGAUACUUCAGGCAGUCCAGACUAAUGAAUUGGCUUUUGAUAAUGCAAAGCCUGUUAUAAGCCCGCUUGAACUCCGAAUGGAGGAACUGCGGCAUCAUUUUAGGAUAGAAUAUGCAGUAGCAGAAGGAGCAAAAAAUGUUAUGAAGUUGCUCGGAUCUGGAAAAGUUACUGACAGAAAAGCACUAUCAGAGGCUCAAGCAAGAUUUAAUGAAUCAAGCCAGAAGUUGGACCUCUUAAAGUAUUCACUAGAACAGAGACUUAAUGAACUCCCUAAAAACCACCCCAAAAGCAGUAUUAUUAUAGAAGAACUUUCACUUGUUUCGUCACCAACACUAAGUCCACGUCAAAGUAUGAUCUCUACACAGAAUCAAUAUAGUACACUAUCCAAGCCAGCAGCUUUAACAGGUACUUUGGAAGUUAGGCUCAUGGGCUGCCAAGAUAUUUUGGAGAAUGUCCCCGGUCGAUCAAAAGCCACAUCCAUUACUCUACCUGGAUGGAGUCCAAGUGAAGCCAGAUCAUCUUUCAUGAGCCGAACAAGCAAAAGUAAAAGUGGGAGUAGUCGGAACCUCCUGAAAACGGAUGAUUUGUCCAAUGAAAUCUGUGCUGUUUUGAAGUUGGACAAUACGGUGGUUGAUCAAACUAGCUGGAAGCCUAUUUCCAAUCAGUCAUGGGAUCAGAAAUUUACACUGGAGCUAGACCGAUCACGUGAAUUAGAAAUUUCUGUUUAUUGGCGCGAUUGGAGAUCUCUCUGUGCGGUGAAGUUUCUGAGGUUAGCAGAUUUCUUAGACAACCAGCGACAUGGAAUGUGUCUCUAUCUUGAACCCCAGGGUACUCUAUUUGCAGAGGUUACAUUUUUUAAUCCAGUUAUUGAAAGAAGACCAAAACUUCAAAGGCAAAAGAAGAUUUUCUCCAAGCAGCAAGGCAAAACAUUUCUCAGAGCUCCUCAAAUGAAUAUUAAUAUUGCCACUUGGGGAAGGCUUGUGAGAAGAGCUAUUCCUACAGUAAAUCAUACUGGCACCUUCAGCCCUCAAGCUGUGCCUUCUGCAGUUGCAGGAGUUGAUGCGCACAUUCCUGAAUUAAGAUCACCAACUAGUGACUCCCCUGUAGCCAAACUGGUGUUUGAACUUGAACCCGAACCCCCACAUACUCCUCCACAUGCGUCUUCCCUUGGAGAAAUUAGCGAACCUUCACCUGAGCCAAAGGCUCCACCUACACCCACUCAGAUUUUUUUUCUUCUACACAUUUCACAGGAUGCAGAAACAUUUGAUUUUGAGAAUGACAGAAAUAAUUUUGUCCCCAAACUUCAGCCGGAAAUUAUUUGCGAGACUCAAAAUUCAAAUUCUGAUAUAGAAUAUAAUAUACGAGAGCCCGAAGAUAGAAGAAUACAACAGAGAUUUCAAUUCAAUUUGCAAGACUUCCGGUGUUGUGCUGUACUGGGUAGAGGACACUUUGGAAAGGUCCUGUUGGCUGAAUAUAAGAAUACAAACGAAAUGUUUGCCAUUAAAGCCUUAAAGAAAGGAGACAUUGUUGCUCGUGAUGAAGUAGACAGCCUCAUGUGUGAAAAGCGAAUUUUUGAAACUGUGAACAGCGUAAGGCAUCCCUUUCUGGUGAACCUCUUUGCUUGUUUCCAAACCAACGAUCAUGUGUGCUUCGUAAUGGAGUAUGCCGCUGGAGGAGACCUCAUGAUGCAUAUACACACAGAUGUCUUUUCCGAACCUAGAGCAGUGUUUUAUGCUGCAUGUGUGGUUCUUGGACUGCAAUAUUUACAUGAGCACAAGAUAGUUUAUCGAGAUUUAAAGCUAGACAACUUGUUGCUGGAUACAGAAGGUUUUGUGAAAAUAGCGGACUUUGGCCUCUGCAAAGAGGGAAUGGGUUUUGGUGACAGGACAAGUACAUUCUGUGGCACUCCAGAAUUUCUUGCUCCAGAAGUGUUGACAGAAACUUCCUAUACAAGAGCUGUAGACUGGUGGGGUCUUGGUGUGCUCAUCUAUGAAAUGCUGGUUGGUGAGUCUCCCUUCCCAGGAGAUGAUGAAGAAGAGGUUUUUGACAGUAUUGUAAAUGAUGAAGUAAGAUAUCCUCGGUUCCUUUCUACAGAAGCCAUCUCAAUAAUGAGAAGGCUUCUGAGGAGAAACCCAGAACGGCGCCUCGGCGCUGGAGAGAAAGAUGCUGAAGAUGUCAAGAGGCAUCACUUUUUCCGGUUGAUCGAUUGGAAUGCAUUGCUUGCCAAGAAAAUGAAGCCUCCUUUUGUCCCGAUCAUAAGAGGAAGAGAAGACGUCAGCAAUUUUGAUGACGAAUUUACCUCAGAAGCACCUAUUCUCACUCCACCCCGGGAGCCUAGGAUACUUUCAGAAGACCAGCAGGAAAUGUUCAGAGACUUUGACUACAUUGCUGAUUGGUGUUAAUUCUUUUGAGACACUGUGAAAUCCUAGCAGACUGGCUCAUCAGAACAGCGUUCGCCCCACUCCUUCCCUCCUUUUGAGAAUACCAGCUGUUGGAUUGUUCUCUGUGCUGCCUGUAGCUUCCGACUUUUUUGAAUCACAUGAAGAUUUUGGAAAAAGGACCGUUUUUAUUACACAUGAGGUGUGACCUCAUUUUUGUAUAUCUUUUUUUUAAAAGAAAAAAAAUAUUGAGCACUGGAAAGCUAUUCUGUGCAGCUCUUUAAGCUUGACCUGGCAGGUAUAGGCUGUGUUCCACUCUCACAUGGGCACACUUGUACUGUAUCUUUACUCUUCUGCAGCAGAAAACAUUGCAAAAAGACCUGCCUUAAGCAGGAUUAACAACCAGAUACUGAGCUAGACUGAUAACCAUCUACUCAGCGAUUAGAGGGAAGAAGGAAGGCAAAAUGUGUCUUGUCCUUAAAAAAGAGUUAUAGUAAUCUCCAAAAAACAUUGACCUGAUGACUGUUAAGCACACUGUUGUCUUGAUUUUUUUUUAGGGGAGGGGGGGGAAUGAGGAUUAAGAACUGAUGCCUUGUUUUGUAAACUUUCUAUGGUAUUUAUUGGGGGGGAAAUGUUUAAAAGCCUUACCUAUAGGAGAACAGUAUAAGUGCUUCCAUUCUUAAAAAGAGAAGAUCGGUCCUAAGAAGUUUACCAAAGCAUUGCCAAACAAUUUUUGCCUUUUAACUUCUAUAACCAGCAGAUAUGAAGAAUGUAAUGAGUAAGAAUGUCUCUCCAGUCUUAAAUCAGGAACAUUUCUAAUGGAUGCAUUCCCCCAGAUGCAAUCACUGUUUUGUACUCUUGGAAGUUAUGUCUUUUCCACACCAACUCCAUUGAUAUGUUAUUUUAGGUAAUCUGUGUCUCUGGCUAUCUUGUUCAUCUUACAUUUGCUGAUUUGGUGUUGCCAUAUCAUCUUUAAAGAAUGAGGAUCUUCACUGUAUACAUGCCAUGUUCAUGUAUAUUUGGAAGUUAUAGUAUAUUUUUGUUUCAAGCAUAUAAAUUAACUUUACCACUUCCCUUAGCAUUGUCCAGUGGCUAGGUGAAUGUAUUGUUAAAUCCAGAUUUAAUGGGGGGAAACAUGCUUGUAUACAUUUCAAGGCCACUGAAUCCCAGAAUCUUCAUUGACAAUUACUGAGAAUAAGGGUUAAAGCAAUAUGUUUUAAGAGAAUGUAUAAAUAUUUUUGAUAAAACUUGUAUAUUUUAAGCCUCUUAACACUAUGCUAUACCUUGAAAAGUUAAAAUGACUUUGACCAGA